AUGUCCGCCAUGGUGGACUCCUACGCUCCCUACGGACGCCUGCCGCACAGGAAACCCCUCCCUCACACUGGCGGCGGCGGCGUCCUGCAGCCCUUGACUCAGAUCGUCCCGGACGAGCAGCGCAUCCACUCUCGCUCUCGCACCUCGUCCUCCUCCGCCUUCCCGGUUGCCUCGCCGCAAUCCAACACCUUUACCUACACCACCCAACCCUACUCGCCCGCCAUGACCCCGUACAACCAGACCACGACCCGCCGCACCCUCUCCAAUGCUACCACCUCGACCUCGUCUACCAGCACCAGCGCCGGAGCUGGCACUAGCGCGCGCCGAAACUCCGACCUGCGACGCUCCUCGUCUGGCCGCUCCAGCAACGCCCCUUCCAGCUACGUCGCCCUCAUGAGGCGCCAGAAGGCCACCGUGUGGUGCGAUCGUGCCCAGUAUGAGGAUCCUCGCCUGCUCGCCCAGCAGCGUGCCGCCAAGAUGAGGGCAGCCAUGGAGGUCGUCGGUGGCGUGCAGGCCAGCAGGACCUCCACCUCGUCCUCGGGCGUGGCGGCCGGAGUUCGCUCCAAGAUAAGACACCACGGCGCUCCCAAGGCCUCUCUCUACACCCCCGCGAACCUGACGGGCAGCGGCGUGCCCAUGCGUCUGAGCGCAAGCGAAGUGGACGAAGGCGACAGCGACAACGACAGCGGACUGAACAACUUCAAUCAUCACAGAAGCGGUAGCGGGCGCAGCUCCAUGAACUCGGGAAGGAGGGUUCACUCGUACAUUGCGCCGCAGGGCGCGCGAUUCAGCAUUAGCGGAACGCCACCCAGCGGACAGGGCAACAGCCCAACGGAUCACAUGGAGGAGACGCCCGUGCCGGGCGAUUACGCCGUGCGCAAGCCCAGCAUGAGCAGCGACUACUUCCCCCGGCAUCGAGGCACCGGGCUCUCCAGCCACAGCACCAGCUCUGGCGAGAGGGAAAACAGCUUCGGGAACAUUGGCCAGAUGCCACAAGUCGAAUACCGCCAAUACGAAGAAAAGCACACUGCAGACGAACUGAGGAGGAGAGGAAGCGUGGAUGACCGCACCAUGACCAUGAGCGGUGCCGUGCGACUAUUCGUCGCCAAUCCAGACAUGGACAACUAA